GGCGGGACGAUUUGUGCUGCAACACGGAAGUGAACAUGAUGGCAACUUUGUGAUCAUUGGGAAAGCCUUAUGGGCUUCAUAACGGCAAUGUCUAUGCGUCAAACAUGUUAAUAACGCUAUGCUACGUUUACUUGUGGGUUCGUUUUCAGAGAUGCUACACGGGGCUCAUUAAGAGUGUUGUGUUUAGGCUGCGGGCAAACCGGAGCAGCUUCGCCUUUUGCGAGCAGAGUUUCACCAGCCUGCAGAGUCGCACUUCAGCCGAGGAGACGCUUUUCCUCCAGCUGGGCAACAAGGUUCUAUACAUUACCGAGCCCCAGGCAUGUGAUGACCUGAGCAAGUGGACUCUGUUGCUCCGCUCUUCUUUGAUUACUGCUCCAAAACUAGACAACGUCGCCUUUAUUAUUGAAGCUAAAACAAAACAGACGGCUGUGCAGUCUCGUCCAACAUCAACCAAAAAAGUGCUGAAUUGGUCAGAUUACUGUCUUCCUCUGGCCUGCAGCCCAGGACAGCAAUACAGGGCAGUGGCUGAGGCGAGCCUGGACAAUUUCAGCACAAUCGGAGUGGCUUUUCUGGAAGACCGGCUGCGAAUGGAAAAUGGCCUCAUUCCUGAAAAAAUAGUUUCGGUGUUGCUCAGGGAAUCUGCACUCAAAGAGCUCAUUGAGAAACAACAAUUAGGCCAGGAGAAAAAGUCUAACCCAGUUUUAAGCAGCCUUCCCAAAGACACUGUUUUGUCUCCGGAAGAUAUUUCACAAGACCUCGGGAAGAGCGCAGGCGUAGCAUCCUGUUACCAGCAGGUGGAACCAGAGCACAAAACAGACCACCAUCACAUGGAUGGCCACCACCUGCACCUCUCCAGCUGCCACGAGUGCCUGGAGUUGGAGAACAGCACCAUCCAGUCAGUUAAAUACGCUUCAGUCGAAAACAUCCCGGACCUGCCUGAUGACGGCACAGGCACUGAUGUAGAGGAGGAGGUCGACGAGAGUUUCUCGGGAUGGGGAAGGUCCGACAAUACAAACGGCAAACCGCCCAACAUACUUGUAUACACAGGCGGAUGUGAGGAGCGCUACAGGCAAGUGCAUUCACUUCUGGCUGAAUGCAUCGACACCGACCGCUAUGCAGUCUACCCCCUGCGGCCACAACAGGCACUAGAAGAACCGUGGCUAGAAAACACAUUGCUCUUGGUGACGGUCACAGAAGAAGAACUUACCCCUGGGCUGCAGCUGCGCUUUCUGACAUACCUAGGCCAAGGUGGUAAAGUUCUUGGUCUGUCCAGUUCGUUAUGUCCAGCUGGGCUCAGGCUGCAAUCCCGAGAGGAGCAACGAGGCCAAAUCUGCAGGCUGAACUUCACCAAAUCUGAUAGCACAGAGGUCCAGCUAAGUGUGUUAGCCAGCGGAAAGGUUUACAUACGUGAAGAGCACGAUGCCUGCAGCGGAGAAGUGGAGCUGUGGGGGGAGCUGUGUGGCGAAGGUGAAGAGGCAAAAGAAAUGGCUAUCGUCAGAAUCACUCACGGCCAGGAUGGUGGAGAAGCUAUAUUGUGUCAGGUGCAUUUGGAGUCGGCUCCAGACUCUGAACAGGUGCAGGAUAGUGCGGGCUUUUCCGAGCUUAAAAUGAGUAAUGCAAAACGCUACGAGAUCCUGACAGAAAUUCUCACCUCACUAGGGAUUAGCUGCGAACUCAACCAGGUGCCUCAACCAAGCCCCAUUUACCUACUUUUCACCCAGUCGAAGCUCAAAAAUGCUUUUGUGCGCUGGCUAAGAGAGCACGUGGAUGACAAGGGCACUUUGCGAUCUCAAAAAACCUGCUUGAGGGUGAUAUGGGGCCAAGAGGAGUUGAGCGAGUUGGGCAGCGGAGAGCUAGCACUGCACACCGAGGCCCCAGAAAUCUUCUCCGAGCAUUUCAGCAUGGAGACCUACAGGCAGCACCUGCAGAGCCAGCGGCUAGGACACACACUGCUCUACACUGAUGUUACUCCUACCACCAUGGACCUGCUAGAGGGAUUGAUGUUGCAAAUACCUGAGGAUCUGGGGUUAAUUGCCGUGGCAGCACGUCAGACGAAGGGUAAAGGACGAGGAGGAAACACGUGGUUGAGUCCGCUGGGAUGCGCCAUGUUCACAUUGCACUUGCGAGUAGCAGUAAACUCCCGACUCGGCCAGAGGAUCCCAUUCCUGCAGCACUUGGCCGCUCUGGCUGUAGUGGAGGCAGUUCGCACACUGCCUGGAUACCAGGACAUUGACCUGAGAGUGAAGUGGCCCAAUGAUAUUUACUAUGGUAACCUGAUGAAGCUGGGGGGAGUUUUGGUCACAUCAACGGUGAUGGGAUCCACCUUUCACCUUCUCAUUGGUUGUGGGUUUAAUGUGAGCAACAGUAACCCCACCAUCUGCAUUAAUGACCUGGUGGUUCGGCAAAACCGUGAGCGAGGGAGCAAGCUGAGUCCUCUAAGCCCAGCACAGCUUAUGGGCCGCUCUGUCACUCUGCUAGAGCAGCUCAUUUCUGAGUUUCAGCUGCAUGGUCCUGAAGCAGUUCUACCCAUUUAUUACAAACGAUGGGUCCAUGGUGGUACAAAGGUGCGGUUGUGGAGCGAGGAUGGUCCUGAGGCUGAGGUGGUAGGACUGGAUGAUCACGGCUUCCUGCAGGUGAGCUCUCAGGACCAGGGUCUGGUGUCUGUUCAGCCAGAUGGAAACUCCUUCGACAUGCUGAGAAACCUGGUCAUCACCAAACACAACUAGACUCUGUAUUCGCACACAGCAGGAUUAAACACUGUACCAGGGCAUGUAAGAAGAAGAAUCUCCACAACAAUGACAGAUUUUAAUUAUCGCUGACGUUCGGGAGCAGUCACCCUCUUUCUGGUCAUGUUGUUUUGAUGUGUAACCUAUAAAUUUAAUUUUAAAUACAUUAGGUCUAUAACGGACCCCAGAUUAGGAUUAUGGUGUUGAGUUUAAUAUAAGACAAAUAAUUAUAAAUGUUAUUAUAUUGCUAGACCAAUCUUUAAUUGUUAUUUAUAAUUGAAGUUUCAUUUUAAGAAAAAAACUACAACUUAAACUAAUUCACUGGGAUAAGAACAUGUCUGGUUAAUAUAAUUGGAUGAUUGGGGCUUCUUAGUGUAUAGAUUAUAGAGUCUUUUUGCUAUAUACACACUUUGCAACACGCUACAAGAUACCAUCAGAUUGUGCAUGUUUGGAAAAACCCAUAACUAAUUGCUGAGACCACAAUAAAAAAACAAGCAAACAAAUUAAUUAAACUGUUAGUAUAGCUUGCAGUGCACACACAAGUGUAAACUUUUCCAAAGUUUAUGUCCGUGUGUGUGGAAACAUAAAUCUUAGGGGUUCUUUUCAAACUUGGUUACAGUGGUUUAUUUUAAAGUCUUUCUACGUGAAACUGACGCACUUAAGAGAAUAUUCAAAUUGCUUGUGACUUCGUGAGAAUACACAGUAAUAAGGGUAUUUAAUAUUUUGUGAUCUAGCCUUUGGAUACAGAUGUGAAUUUCCUUUAAGUACUGUAUCUAAGAAGUCAUUCCAUUGUUUUGUAGUUGUUAUUAAUUUCAAAUAAAAAGGAUUUAAUGACUGAAAA